AAAAAAAAAAUAGAAAAGGAAUUUCCUCUGUCUUCAGCUUCCAUGGCGGAUUGAUUCAUCAGAAACAGAAUUGAAUGUAGAGAGAGAAAGUAGAGAGAGAGAAGGGUGGGGGAGAAGUCGCCUUCUUCAUUGCUUCAACAUUCCACCUCUUCUAUCUCUCUCUCUCUCUCUCUCUCUCUCUCUUUCAUCUGGAGAAUUAUAUUCUCAAAUUCCCCGAUCUGCCCUCAUCUCGAUACCCUUUUUCUUAUUUGUAUUCGUAUUCGUCCUCGUUCCCCUGGUCGUCGUCGUUGUCAUCUUCUUCUGCCUACUCCUAUCAGUUCUUGAAACAGCAUAUAUAUAUAUAUAUAUAUAUAUACAACCAACAAGAACGGAGACAUAUCAACCCCCUCGUCACCUCUUUCAUUCCAUAGUUGCGGAGUGCCCGGAGGAGAAUUUAAUUCCUGAGCCUUUCCCUUCACGUAACUCCAAAGGUAUGUCUAUGGUCUAGUCCUCUCCGCCGAACCUUGGAUCAUUCCAGUCUUCUUCCCGCUUUGCUGUUACAUCAUUGUUUCAAUGCCUGGCCGAGCAAUGGAAGCUGCUUCUUGCGUGUUAGAUGAGCCGACGGGGAACAUAAACAACCUGCCAUUCCCUAAGGAGAGGUUCAGCCAGCAGAUGUCUCCCAGAAGCCCCCUGAGUCCCGACACUCCCCGGAGCGACUCGAUUGAUCUUGCGCUUGAUGGGGUCCUGGACACUUCCAUUGAGCAGCUUUACCACAAUGUGUGCGAGAUGCAGAGCUCCGAUCACUCACCUUCAGGGCCGAGCUUCUUGUCGUAUGGGGAGGAAUCGAGGAUCGACUCGGAACUGUGCCACCUUGUCGGGUAUUUUGGGGACUUGGAGAUCACGAAAGAGGUGGUCAUGAUGGAGAAUGGAGAGCAGAAUGAUGGAGGAAGCGAUUCGAUCCGGAGUGGCAGCGAUGACCCAAAGAAGAAAGCGAGCAAGUUCAUCGGGGAAAACCCAAAGAAGCUCCAGAUGAGUAUUUCUUCUUCUCCGAAUUCCAGGAUGCAAUUGGCAAAUCCUAGACCUCUUAGUGGGAGGAAGAACAGGACUCCCGCUCCGAGGAAGCAAAGGAAUCCCGGUCUUCCCUCGGUGAAGUUUCAGAAGGUAAAAGAAGCUUCUGGUGAUUCGGGUUUGGACAACUCGGACCUCGGGCCAUUCUUGCUUAAGCAGACACGGGAUAUGGUGGCGAGUGGGGAAAAUCCUCGGAAAGCCCUCGAGUUCGCUGUUCGGGCGGUGAAGUGCUACGAGAAAUGCUCGGACGGGGAAAAAUCGAGCUUAGAGCUCGUUAUGUGCCUCCACUUUUUAGCUGCAAUUUACUGCAAGUUGGGCCAGUACAGUAAGGCAAUCCCCAUCCUUGAGCGGUCCAUCGAGAUUCCAGUGCUGGAAGAAGGUGAGACCCAUGCCUUGGCGAAGUUCGCAGGUUGUAUGCAGCUUGGGGACACAUACGCAAUGCUGGGUCAGAUCGAGAACUCAAUUCUGUUCUACACGGCGGGGUUGGAGAUACAAAAGCAGUUUCUGGGCGAAACGGACCCGAGGGUGGGUGAAACCUGCCGGUAUGUGGCCGAGGCUCAUGUUCAGGCCCUGCAGUUCGACGAAGCCCAGAAACUAUGCCAGAUGGCCCUCGACAUCCACCGGGAGAGCGGGUUAAUUGAGGAGGCUGCAGACAGGAGGCUCAUGGGGCUAAUAUGCGACUCGAUGGGGAAUUACGAAUCUGCUCUUGAGCAUUUAGUCCUUGCAAGCAUGGCUAUGGCAUCAAGUGGCCAGGAACUCGACGUGGCUGCAAUUGAUCAGAGCAUCGGGGAUGCAUACCUAUCCUUGGCCCGGUACGACGAGGCUAUAUGUGCAUAUCAGAAGGCACUCACUGUGUUCAAGUCAGCAAAGGGUGAGAAUCACCCCACAGUAGCCUCAGUGUUUGUCCGGUUGGCAGACUUGUACAACAAAAUUGGGAAGUUCAAGGAGUCGAAGUCCUACUGCGAGAAUGCAUUAACAAUCUAUGGCAAGGCCAACCCCGGGAUCCCAUCAGAGGAGAUUGCUGCAGGGCUUAUCGAUGUCUCUGCCAUCUACCAGUCCAUGAACGAACUCGAGCAGGCACUCAAGUUACUUAAGAAAGCUCUGAGAAUCUACGGGAAUGCCCCGGGACAGCAGAGUACGGUUGGAGGAAUCGAGGCCCAGAUGGGGGUCAUGUACUACAUGAUGGGGAAUUUUGCUGAUUCGUAUGACACGUUGAAAGCCUCGAUUUCAAAGUUCCGAGAGAGUGGUGAGAAGAAGUCUGCUUUGUUUGGAAUCGCCUUGAACCAGAUGGGUCUUGCCUGUGUCCAGCGUUAUGCGAUAAAUGAAGCUGCAGAACUGUUUGAAGAGGCAAGGGAUAUCCUGGAGAACGAAUACGGUCCCUAUCACCCCGAUACGCUGGGAGUCUACAGCAAUUUGGCUGGCACAUAUGAUGCAAUGGGCAGGGUGGAUGAUGCAAUCGAGAUUUUGGAGUACGUGGUGGGGAUGAGAGAGGAGAAGCUCGGGACGGCAAACCCUGACGUGGAUGAUGAGAAGCGAAGGUUAGAGGAGCUGCUGAAAGAAGCUGGGAGAGUCAGGAGCAGGAAGUCGAGGAAGCUGGAAACCUUACUAGACAACAACUAUCGAAACACGAAUGGCGAUGGCAUCAUUUUCCUGUAAUGUAUGCUUCUAAUGUAUAUUUGUUCAGUGUAAAGCUUAGUGCAGGAUAGAGGGCUUGCUUGUUCAUUCAUAAGAAUUCCGACUAUGAGAUGAUUUUGCGAGAGGAAAUUAUCAGGUUGAUGGAGUGUUCUGUAAUGUUUCAUUUGUAUUACUUUGAAUUGCAAUAAAAGAAAGGUUGGAGUUUCAUUUUCUAA